CGGCUACUGGGGCUUCGAUGAGAGGGAGGCGAGUGAGAGAACCCGCGUCUCAGGAUGAUGCGAUGUAGCGUUUCCAGCUCUGCAUUUUAACGACAUUCGACUAUAUCCGUUAAAACCUGAGUUCCAGACCAUUGUGGAACAUUCUUCUGUUCGGGGACAUGCGCUGGUAAAUCGUCUGGUCCUCCAACCGUUAAAUGUCUGUCCGUUCAUCUGGUAGAUGGACAAGGGACCGACGGUCUCCUUGACGCCUCUCCGGUUUUCCGUUCUCCAGCUAACGGAGGCAUGCCAUUGGCCGAGUCAGAAGCCUGUGUUUUCUUUUUUUAGAGGCUGUUCAACAUCCAUAGUGAAGCGUAGCCUCGAGAGAAAACAGCUGCGGCUCGAGCGAGACAUCAGGAACGAGCAAUAGAAUCGAAGCUAAAAGACUCUUGAAUUUCAGUCUGCUUUCAAUUUCAUUCAAAUAUUGUUUCAUCACGCCCUUAUCUAGCAUCCUUCGCGGUAACAGUCAUCGCUCGAGAGAGGAUCCCAGGGGAAUUGUGCAAUCGAUGUGACGCACGAGCGGGGAAAGCCAUCGACACCGUUACAGUGUGUGUGUGUGUGUGUGAUCAUAUUAGCGUUAUGGGGUUUGUUUAAAUCACCCCACUCCAUUUGUAGGUGUUGAUUUACGAGCAGCGUAGGAUAUUCUCUUGUCUGCACCGUGACAUUUUCCCUCGGCGCGGCCUCGCCCGCGGAGGACGCGCGCAUUAAAUAUUUAAUUUCAUGCCUCAACCGGAGAGACGGAGUAAGGGAGGAGAGAACAGAGGCUGAACGACGACGGGCGGAGACGGCGCGAGGAGAGGGGAGGCUCGAAAACGGAGGAUGAACGAGACGCACUGAACAAUCGAGGAGGAGGGGUACCGGCGCAGCGGGGGCCUGACGGUUGUCUUCAAGCGUGUGACGGUGGUGUCGCUCCCUAACUCUUCCCCUCUCCGCCAUGGCACACUCUCUUUGGUUCCUGGGGGUGUGCAUGCUGACCCUGGCGCACGUCGCCCCCUCUGGGCAAGCCAUGUCUCGGGCCGCCAUGCCCUUCGGUCUCCUCCGGAGGGAGCUGGCGUGCGAGGGCUACCCCAUCGAGCUGCGCUGCCCAGGAAGUGAUGUUGUGAUGGUGGAGACGGCCAACUACGGCCGCACGGACGACAAGAUCUGCGACGCCGACCCGUUCCAGAUGGAGAACACCCAGUGCUACCUCCCCGACGCCCUCAAGAUCAUGUCCCAGAGGUGUAACAACAGGACCCAGUGUGUGGUGGUAGCGGGGGUGGAUGUGUUCCCUGACCCGUGUCCUGGAACAUACAAGUACCUGGAGAUCCAGUACGAGUGUGUCCCUUACAGGAAAAUAAAGCCCGCCCCCUAG